GCGCGCUAGCAAGUGGCGUCUUCCAGAGAGAUGCUGCCGCUGACCCGGUUCUGGCUUCUGCUGCGCCGACCUCCGGCGGCGGGAGUCCGGGGAAAGAACCUUGGUCUCCGAAAGGUCGCCUCUGGCGUCUCUUUCCCGGGCAACGCAUCGCCCAGAGCCCUAAAUAUCUUCGACCGGGAUUUGAAGAGGAAACAGAAGAACUGGGCGGCCCGACAGCCCGAGCCUUUGAAGUUUGACUACCUGAAGGAGGAGGUUGGAAUUCGGAUUGCGGAUCGUGUGUAUGACAUAGCCAGAGAUUUUCCCCUUGUUUUGGAUAUCGGUUGUGGAAGAGGUUACAUAGCACAACAUUUGAAUAAGGAAACUGUUGGGAAAUUUAUUCAAGCAGACAUAGCAGAAAAUGCUUUGAAAAAUACCUUAGAAACGGAAAUUCCUACUGUCACUGUUUUAGCUGAUGAAGAAUUCCUUCCUUUCAGAGAAAAUACAUUUGACCUGGUGGUUAGUAGUUUAAGUUUGCACUGGGUGAAUGACCUUCCUAGAGCACUUGAACAGAUUCAUUAUGUUUUAAAACCAGAUGGCGUUUUUAUUGGUGCAAUGUUUGGAGGCGACACACUCUAUGAACUGCGAUGUUCAUUACAGUUAGCAGAAACAGAAAGGGAAGGAGGAUUUGCUCCACACGUUUCUCCUUUCACUGCUGUCAAUGACCUGGGACAUCUGCUCGGGAGAGCUGGCUUCAAUACACUGACUGUGGACACAGAUGAAAUUCAAGUUAACUAUCCUGGAAUGUUUGAAUUGAUGGAAGAUUUACAAGAUGGCAUAAACAAUUUUGAUGGAUGGGGGCUGAAUGGAUUAAAGUUGUGUUUUGUGAAACCAGAACUACAUUUAUCCAAGGGAGCCUUAAUCUGGAUUCUGAAAAAUUAAAGGUGAUUUAAAGCAAAAGGAUUAUAAAAAUAAAUGCUUUGUUUACAGAUUUAUAGUUUUUUGUGAGCAUUAUUGCACUUGCUUCUCUCCAUAGCCCUCUGGUAACGACUUCAUCUGUGUGUUACAAGUGAGAAAAAGGAGGCCUGAAGAUAACACUUCCCUCCUAGUGGAAGAAUUAGCUGCCAGCCUCGUGCCUCCUUGACUCCUGCACUGGAACUUUCUUAGCUGCCUCUUGUGGCCCAUUUGUAACAGGUCCAUUUUAGCCAUUGUCCAGCCUCCUUUGAUAAUUAUAAGGGGAAGGAUGUGUAGCUAAAAACUUACUAUAGUAGUCACUCUUUAUUCAUUAUACUUUAGUAUAGGGGCUGGCAGCCUUAGUGUGCAGCCAGAGGUGACAGGGAACCAUUAAGUCACACACUCCCUCCUGAAC